GAUUUUACGUCCAAGGCUACAUUAGUCAAACGAAAAACUCAAACCAAUUAAACAGUUAAAAAAAUCGAAUGACAUUUUUGACAACACAAACUAGAAACCAACCAAUGAAAGUUUACCAUCUUAAACCAUAAGGAGAUCGCAGUAGUAGGCUACAGUCUAUCGGUUUUCUGUUGCAACUACUUUGGUCUGACAGCAGUGGAGCGAAGCAGUAGGGGAGAGUACAGAGUUCAAGAUUUGGUUGAUUUUUAUAUAUUUAAAAAAAAAUCCAGAUGGCUUCUCAGCCUCCACCCAAACCGUGGGAAAGAAGGAUCCCGGGUGCAAUGGCAGCACCUGUCAACUACCGAUCCACAGACUUCUCUGUAGGACCAGGCAUUCUCCCCGGCCCGUCCACUGGGCCCCCUGUCCUGACCAGGAUGGUGCCUCCCCUACCCCCGCGCCCCGUCCAGCACCAGGCCUACCGUCCAGCCUUGAACUCCUUCGCCUCCUCCUACAGCCCCUAUGGGAGCUCCAUGUUCAGUGGUGGCGGCUACAGCCCCUACAGCUACGGCGCUGGCGGCGUUGGCGGCGGCUAUGGCAUGGGGGGCAUGGGGGGCUAUGGCCGUUUCCCCGCUGCGGUGGAAGACGUAGCCCCCAGCCGCUUCGUGCAGCAGGCGGAGGAGAGCAGCCGCGGCGCCUUCCAGUCCAUCGAGAGCAUCGUGCAGGCCUUCAGCUCUGUCAGCAUGAUGCUGGACGCCACCUUCUCGGCCGUCUACAACAGCUUCCGGGCCGUGCUGGACGUAGCCAACCACCUGACACGGCUGCGGGCGCACUUCACCCGCGUGUUGUCUGCGUUUGCGCUGGUGCGCACGCUGCGCUACCUGUACAGGCGGCUGCAGCGGAUGAUGGGGUUGCGGUCGGAAGGCGAGGUGGAGGACUUGUGGGCGGACAGCGCCAGCGAUGCGUUAGCCCGCGGGGCCGGGCUGGAGGAUCCAAAGGCCGGGGGGGUGAAGUCGUGGCCCAUCUUUUUGUUCUUGGCUGUUGUCCUGGGGGGACCCUAUCUAAUCUGGAAGCUGCUGAGCUCCGUCGACGGGACGUCAGAAAGUGCCAGUAACUGGGCCAGUGGGGAAGAUGACCAUGUGGUGGCCAGAGCCGAGUAUGACUUCAUUGCAGCAUCUGAGGAGGAGAUCUCCCUGAGGGCAGGAGACAUGCUCAACCUCGCCCCCAAAGAGCACCAGCCCAGGGUACGUGGCUGGCUGCUGGCCAGCGCCGAUGGCCAAACCACAGGCCUGGUCCCGGCCAACUAUGUAAAGGUCCUCGGCAAGAGGAGGGGCCGAAAGCUAGCUGAGCUGGAGAGACUUGCCCAGGCCCAGGGAGAGAGCGCUCCAGCCACUCAGACAGCCUCGGUUGCAGGCCUUCCUUCAACCCCAUCUCCUAGUAUUACUCCGGGUCUCGGUUCAGCCACAGCUUACGCCUCCACUUUUGCCUCUACUUCAGCUGUUUCUGAGCAACUUCUGGAGUCUGUUUACAGUGAAUCACCAACAGUCAACUUCAAUCUGGGAACACAAGACUCCAGGAUGCCCUCUAGCACAGUGCUGAAUAUUUCCGAUAAGAUAGACCUCUGAGGUAAAGGUUUAGGACACACCUUAAUGCGUACAUGCAAAUGUUCUGUAUACACUUGUGUUUAUUUAAAUGGAUACUCUAUUUGUCUUAGUGCUGCCAUUGCUACUGAUGGCUAUAGAUGCUAAUAUGAAGACUUCCUAGCAAAGACAUACACAAUCCAAAACUGACUAAGGCAUCUUGUGCUGCGAUUGAAUAUGUGAAUUUCAGUUGUUUCUCUUCAACUAAUUUAUGUGAAGAAUAAUCUUAAUAUUUGAGUUGACGUAUGAUUUUGCUUAAUGGUUUACAGAAAGUUUGUUGCACAAAACCUGAACAGUAGGCUAUAUGGAAAGCAAUAACAUUGUAAGUAGGUUACUUUUAUUACUGACCUUUCAGUACCAAAAUCUGGAUUUACACUGUAUGGGCAAUUCGAAAAUAGUGGGUAAUUGUUUGUACAAUUCUGUCUUUCAACAUGUAAUUAUGUAAAUGAAAUAUAAAUAUUUUGAAAAAUGUGUUA